UCGUAAACGCAUUGGUGGAGGGAGAGGAAACGUUGCAUGACGAGUUGUGGUUGGUCGGUGCGGUAGCCUCGGGAUGCUUUGGAGGUUAUAGCGAGCGUCCGGCGAAGAUCGGGUUUUUGUUCGUGAGUUACCGCGCGGGUGGCUCAGAUCGGUGGCAGCAGACGCGUUUCGUCGUUGCGAGCGGAAGGACGCGUAUCGGGUUUGAUACGAGUGGCGGCGCAUCUACCGCAGCUACCGUCUACACGUGAAUUCAGGCCGCUCACGCGUUUUACGUACGGUAAAGUGGACUCGAUGUCGAUAAUAUGUCGGCUACGAGCAACGUUAGGACGACACGGAUGCAUAGGAUGGCCUGUCGGGCCGUUUGACGAUUAUUUAUGAAUUCACGGAAAGAUCUGAGGAGAGGGUAUUCACGGUACAAUUACAACAAUAACAACAACAUCAAUAACAAUAAUAACAUGGUGAAGGAGAAGGCGAAUUCGAUCCGCAUGUAUGACUCGGAGGGCUACAGACGUAGGGCCGCCUGUAUCUGCGUCAAGAGCGAUCUCGAGGAUGAGGUAUUACUAGUUACAUCCAGUCGAAGACCUGACAGUUGGAUAGUACCAGGCGGUGGCGUCGAACCCGAGGAGGAACCAGCGGUCACCGCUCUUCGCGAGGUCCGGGAAGAGGCUGGUGUUUUAGGACAGUUAGGCCGUUGUCUUGGCACAUUUGAGGUUAUAACUCGUGAUAAUACAGAGCACAAACACCGAACGGAAGUAUGGGUUAUGCGGGUGACCGAGGAGCUGCCGGAGUGGGAAGAUUCGCGUGCUAUCGGCCGGAAGCGAAAAUGGUUCACCAUACCAGAGGCCCUGCUGCAGCUUGGUCAACACAAGCCUGUCCAGCGCUCUUACCUACACAGCCUCCACAAUACCAAUCCACGACAUAAUCCCACCUCUCAGCUGUCCAAUCAUUCGCACUCUACGAUGGCGUCUAUCGAACUAAUGAAUAACUCUAGUAAUAAUACCCAUUUGAGCGAACACAGCUAAUAUUGUUGUGGAUUAAACCCGUUUUUUAAUCCAAAAUUCGACCGCCAUGGAUUCUCUCCGAGCAAAAACUCGCUGUUUCUUCUCCCUUCUUCCCUUAAGGGAAUUCACUAUGCAACUCUACUGUUGUGUUUUAU